UUUUUUUUUAAAAAAAAAAAAAAAAAAAUAUGGUUACCUUUACUACAGAUUAUUGGGCUCCUGCUCUUGAUAGUAAAGCUCGUCGUCGUACUGAAUCAGAAGAAAGGGCUGCUAGAGUUACGAGAGAACGUAGUUUAUCUUCUAAAAGAAAUAAAGAAUUAUCAAUCGUUGAUAUUACUAAUCCAUCUAAAUCUCCCUUUAAUAACGAUCUUAAUAAAUCUAAAACGAUUGAUGAUAGUAAACUUGCUUUAUCUAAUUUGAAAAUUCCAAGUGCUCCUACUUCUAAUGAUAGUAUUAUCGUUAAUCCUUCUAUUUCUUCAAAUGAUAAUUUAUCAAUUGAUUCUAUCAAAAGUAAUACUACUUCUAUUUCUUUAAAUCAAUCAAAAUCUUCUAUUAAUAAUGAUUUACAUAAAAAAAAAUCUUUGGUACAAAAAUUAUUUCAUCAUGAUUCGAAAGGCGAAAAUAAACCUAUUGUAUCAUCUCCUACUGAAGAAAAAGGUGAAUUCACUUUUGGUAGUACUGCUUCCGAUAAAUUAUCAUUAUUAAAAGAAAUUCUUAAUCCUACUCUUGAUCUUGAUAAUGAUAAGCAAACUCAAAAGAGUGAUAGUGGUAGUGAAAGUGGUAUCAACAAAUAUGGUGUAUGUGAAAAAGGUUGUAUAGGUAAAGGUGCAACAGCUGUCGUACGUCUCUCCCAUAAAUUUGAUAAUUCAGAUUGUGAAAGAACUUAUGCUGUUAAAGAAUUUAGGAAGAGAAGAAAAAAUGAGACUGAAAAAGAUUAUGUUAAAAAACUUACUAGUGAAUUUUGUAUAAGUUCAACUUUACAACAUGUUAAUGUUGUACGUACUGUUGAUUUGGUUCAAGAUGAGAAUCAAAAUUGGUGUGAAGUAAUGGAAUAUUGUGCUGGUGGUGAUUUAUAUACUGCUAUUAAAUCAAAUUUUAUGUCUCCAAUAGAAAUAAAUUGUUGCUUUAAACAACUUAUAAUGGGUAUAGAUUAUUUACAUUCCAAUGGUGUUGCUCAUAGAGAUAUUAAACCGGAAAAUCUUUUACUUGAUAAGAAUGGUCAUUUAAAAAUUACUGAUUUUGGAGUUUCUGAUGUAUUUAAAACCUGUUGGGAAGAAGGUGCUCAUUUGUCAAGAGGAAUAUGCGGUUCUGAACCAUAUAUCGCUCCGGAACAAUUUGAAUCAAAAGAGUAUGAUGCAAGGAAAGUUGAUAUAUGGGCGUGCGGUAUUGUAUAUUAUACUUUGGUAUAUCAAGGAAUACCAUUUAGAAUGGCUGUGCCAAACGAUCCAAAUUAUGCGAGUUAUUUGGAAAAAAGAAAUAAUAGAGACUAUUUACCAUUUGAAAAAUUACCUCAAGGGUGUAGAGAAUUGAUGUAUAAUAUUUUAGAACCUAACUCAAGGAAACGUAUAACUAUUGAGGGAAUUAAACAAGAUCCAUGGUUUAAAUCAAUAGAAUCAUGUUCUGAUACUCCUCUAAAACAAUUAAAACAAACACAUCAACAUAUCUGUCCUGAAAUAUUAAAAGAAAUUCAAAACGUAACUACUACAGAGGAAGUUAAUAAUAGAGGAAUUGAUAGUAAAAAGUAAUUUAAUUUUGUUUAUAAUAAUUUAGUUAAUAAUAAUCAUUGUACAAAAAGAAAAAAAAAAAAAAAAAUUUAAUU